GAUAGGAGGACGACCACCCACUACGGGGGAAGUCGUCCUCUUAUCUUAGCGGCGGACUACAGGAAAAUCAUGUCAGACGACAAGGUCACAAUUUUAUUACACGCUGUUGGCGAUGCUCCAAUCUUGAAGCAGAAGAAAUUCAACGUUGACGCUAGCAGGACAGUAGCAUGGUUUACUCAAGUGAUAAAAAAGCUGAUUAAUUUGCCAGAAAAUCAAAGUCUCCAUGUCUAUAUAUCUCAGACGUUCGCCCCGUCACCUGAUCAUUGUUUUGGUUCUCUUCGUGAUUGCUAUGCUGUUAAAACUGACGGUAAAGAACCUCAUUUAGUUAUGCAAUAUAGCACAACGUAUGCAUGGGGCUGA